GCUGGCCCUGACAAACGGCUCAUUCUCAUCACUGAUCAUGUGCCUCGCUCUCUGGCUGUCUCUGGCUCUGCAGCAGGAAGUUCGCCUUCUUCUCUUCCCCCUCAUUUUAUUUUCUCCCUCUUCCUGACAGCACCAUUCCCCAGCCUUACUUUUUCCCGUUCUCACUUCUCCUGUGCCGUGCGUGAGGGCCGAGAGGCGCCGGUGAACACCGGCAGAGGCCCCUCCGCUCCACCCCGCUCCUGCUCCCGGCCAGGGGAGAACAGGUCAUGGAGGCCCUGGUGGAGGAGAAGGAGCCGUCGCCGAUGGACAAGUCUCUGCCUCUGCCCACUCUGAGCCCGGCCGUUCCUCCGUACGUCACUUUGGGCCUGACGGUCGUCUACACCGUCUUCUACUCCCUCCUGUUCAUCUUCAUCUACGUGCAGCUCUGGCUGGUCCUGCGGUACCGACACAAGCGCUUCAGCUACCAGACGGUGUUCCUGUUCCUGUGCCUGCUGUGGUCGGCCCUGCGCACCGUGCUCUUCUCCUUCUACUUCAAGAACUUUGUCACGGCCAACACUCUGGGGCCCUUUCCCUUCUGGCUGCUCUACUGUUUCCCUGUCUGCCUCCAGUUCUUCACGCUCAGCCUCAUGAACCUUUACUUUGCACAGGUUGUUUUCAAGGCAAAGUCAAAAUAUGCACCAGAGCUUUUAAGAUACAGGCUGCCACUGUACCUGCUCUUCCUGUUCAUCAGCCUGGUGUUUUUAGUCGUGAAUUUGGUUUGUGCCCUGCUGGUGAGGUUGUCCUCCACAGAGGCCCACACCAUUGUGCUCGUGAGGGUCGCAAUCAACGACACGCUGUUUGUCCUGUGUGCCGUCUCGCUCUCGCUGUGUCUUUACAAGAUCGCUAAGAUGUCACUGGCCAACAUCUACCUGGAAUCCAAGGGGACGUCGGUUUGCCAGGUGACCGUAAUAGGAGCCAUCGUCAUCCUCCUGUACUCAUCCAGGGCCUGCUACAACCUGGUCGUCCUGGGACUCUCUAACAAGAGCAUUAACUCCUUUGACUACGACUGGUACAACGUGUCAGACCAGGCAGAUUUACAGUCGACUCUGGGCAACGCUGGCUACAUCGUCUUUGGAGUGAUUUUGUUUGUGUGGGAACUGCUCCCCACCUCUCUUGUGGUUUUCUUCUUCAGAGUUCGGCAGCCGAACCUAGACAGGAGUGGCUCUGGGCUUCCUGGUCAUGUCUUCUCCUCUAGGGCUUAUUUUUUUGAUAACCCGCGGCGUUAUGACAGUGAUGAUGAUCUAGCAUGGAGCGUCAUGCCUCAGAACAUCCAAGCCAGUCUGGCUGCUGACAGUUACGAGUGGGGGAGCCAAAGCAGCGGCAUCAGUGCCUACAUCGGAGGGGAUGACAGCUACCACCUCCCUCCUCCUCCAGAGGAGCUCAGCCAUUACUGACUGGAGCUCAGUGACUCCUGCUGACCUUUGUUUUGUUUUUUUUUAUUUGUAUAUUUUUGCACAGUCUCUUACUGACCGAGGCACAUGGGGCGGAAAGUCGCCCUCAACUUCAUACAUUCACUUUUGUAUUUUGUCUAGAGAAGAAGAACUAACAGACUUUUCUCUUUGCCAUUAUAUGAAGGUCCACUGAUGGGACAUUAAUUUUGCACACUCCUUGUACAAAGUAUGAUCUAAUUUUGACUGAUCUUAAACAUUUUUCAUUGUAUAGUUUAUAUUGAAUACUACUUAAUAUAUUUCCUGACCUUUUGUAAUAUGUACUGUAUUACUAUUUUACGUCUAUGAACAUGUUCUUUUUCAUACAGAUUGUUUAUAUAGAAGAGAUAUUCAUUUAAUUCAUAUUAAAAAUGUUUAAAUGCUGUGAAAAAUGCACUUUAUCUUUAAUAACUGACUGAUACUUCAAUGAUACAUUGACAGUAGCUUGUUCAUGUUUUAGAAACCGCUGCACAUUAACAAAGGGUUAAUUGACAGUUUCAGAAUUUUUAAAAAUAUUUUUAAAAUAUAUAUAUUUUUAAAUUGUUCAGCAUUGACUUCAUUAGCAUGUGUUCUGUAGUGAGUCAAAGAUCAACAAAUGUGACCAUCAACAUUUUUGUAUUGUUCAUAUAUUUAUAAUCAAAACUGGCUCAUUUGGGAGAGAAAUUUAGUAACAAUUCUUAAUGCCAAAGCUCAGAGGUGUUGACUCUGAAGUAAUACUUCACCUUGACAUGAUUCCCAAAGUUUUUCUAAUCUUUAUUUUUCACACUCUUCUUGCACAUUGCAUUUCACUACACAUAUUACUUGUGUUUGAGACAAAUAAAUCUUUGGAUCCUGAAUUACAUCAGAUAGGUUUAAAUAAAACAAAUGACAUAAUUACACUAUAAUAAAAUGCUUA